AUGGCAGCCUCCCAGCUGGCAGCACUGGAAGGGAUGGAGUCGGGAGCCGGGCAGCUGCCCCUGACCGAGGCCACUCCCAGCUUCCUGUAUUCCGAGGGCCAGAGGCUGGCGCUGGAGGCUCUGCUGAGCCAGGGCGCAGAGGCAUUUGAGGCCUGCGUGCAGCGCGAGGGGCUGCGGCCCUUCCUGAGUGGAGAUGAGCUCCGGGGCCUGGUGGCAGCGGCUGAGGACUGGACAGCAGCGAAGCAGGAGCCUAGCAGGGCAGUAGAGGGAGCCACCGCCACCGAUGGGGACUUGGGCAGCCUGACCUACUGGCCUGGACAGUCAGAGGAGCCGGUGCCCGUGCUGCGGCUGGGCUGGCCGGAGGACUCAGCCUGGAAGGGUAUCACCCGGGCACAGCUGUACACCCAGCCACCUGGCGAGGGCCAACCGUCCCUCAAGGAGCUGGUGCGCCAGGAAAUCCAGGCUGCCCACAAGCUGGUGGCCGUGGUCAUGGACAUCUUCACUGACCCAGACCUGCUUUCGGACCUGGUGGAUGCUGCCACAUGCCGUUGGGUGCCCGUCUACCUGCUCCUGGACCAUCAGCAGCUGCCUGCCUUCCUGACGCUGGCCCAGCAACUGGGGGUGAACCCCUGGGCCACUGAGAACCUGGACAUCCGAGUCGUGCGGGGCUGCAGUUUCCAGAGCCGUUGGCGUCGGCAGGUGAGCGGCAAUGUGCGGGAAAAGUUUGUGCUGCUGGACGACGAGAGGGUCAUCUCAGGAUCCUACAGCUUCACAUGGAGUGACUCACGCCUGCACCGUGGGCUGGUGACCCUGCUGACCGGUGAGAUCGCCGAUGCCUUCAGCCGAGAGUUCCGGACACUCUAUGCGGCCUCCUGGCAGCUUCCGCCCCCACCCACCCCGGGUCCCUUUGUCAGAGCCCUGGGGGGGCUGCAGCUGGCCUACAGCCCGCAUCGCGUGGCCCGCCGCUGCUCCGUGGCCCCCCUGUCGCCGCCACCACUGCCUGAUGGCUCGCUGGCCCAACGCCUGGCCGCCUGCCGAGUCUUCGAGGGGGACAGGCAGGCGACCCUGGCCAAGCCAGGGCCAGCUCUUAGCGACAUCCUGAGGAGUGUGCAGCGUGCCCAGACCCCCAGUGGCACCCUGGCCCAGCCCAGCCGCUCCCUAUGGGACCUGAGCCGCCUGUCCCAGCUGUCAGGCUCUAGUGACGGUGUCAACGAGCUCAAGAAGUCCUGGGGCUCCAAGGACACCCCAGCCAAGGCCCUGAUGAGGCAGCGGGGCGCUGGAGGGGCCCCUGGUGGUGAGGCGGACUCCGGUCCGCUGGCCCGGUCCCAGCCCUGGGGCGGGCCCUUGCCCCGCAUCCCUGCCCGCCGCCUCCACUAUCCGUCCCCGACCCGAAGGCGGUUCGGUGAAGAUGCUGCCUCCAAACUCCCAGAACCCAGAGGCAUCCGGCAGCCAGACCGGGCCGCCCAGCCAGGACUCAGGGGGCGGCGCUGACAGAAGCCAAAGCCAAAUGGGGCUGGCCCCGUCCCAAGACGGUCGGACAACUGUUGCCCAAGGCCCCCUGCCUCACUGUUGUACCUUGGACAAGGCUUCUGGCCUCAGUGUCUGGGAAGUGGAAGGGAUUUUGUGUUUUCUUUUCACUUGUUCUAGAACUUGGGCAAGUGCAGUGCUCACCCCAGACCUCAUUGUCACAGCCUAGAAAAUGGGCAUAAGGUCUCCACUAGCUGGGAUCCUAGAACAGCACACAUCCUGUUCCGGCCGGGUCGGAACUUCUCUGGGGAGAGGCCUGGCUGAGUGGCCCCCAUGCCGGAAUUGUGUGGGGUGAAGACGGGGCGUCCCUGGGGCUGAGGGGAGGCUUCCUGCACCCGCCGUGCUCAGGAGCUGUGGGUAAACUGAGCUUGGCCGAGGAGAGGAGAGGAGAGAACCCGACCAGGGCAGGAGAGGAGAGAACCCGACCAGGGGAGCCGAGCUGAAUCAUGAGGGACUAGAAAUUGGUGAGGACACACCUGUUGGGAAACCGGUCAGGGCCAUGGAGAGGGACCCAGCAGGUGCUGGAACUGUUUUGUGGGCGCUAAGG